GGCUGCAGGGGGAGUGUGGCGGACUGAGCGGAGUUGUGACUGUUUGUUGAGUCUCCCCGCUUCCUCUCAGCACUCGGAAGUUAUUAUUCGGAGGACCCAUGUUACAUUUAACAGGGAUGAAACGGCAAUUCUGUAAAGAGCGAUUCUAGUGGGAGUCGCCAAGAAUUGAGCGGCAUGGCGCAGAACUCGGAAGCCCGGGGGCCGGGGCAGGGCCCAACAGCGACUGGCUGUAGCACGGUGGUCAUGUCGGUGCGCGUUUCGGUGUGUCAUUCCGGUAUUAGGCCGCUCUGCCUACCGGGUGCUGGAACUGGAGAUGACUCUCUCCGUCUGCAGCUUAGCAUGGACUUAGGCAAAGCUGGAGAGUUUCAUUUGGCGCUACGGGAUACCAGCGGAGCCAGCACGGGCAGAAGCGUGUCCAUUGUCGAGUACAACCUACGUGAUAUUCAUUAUGAGAUCAAAAACAGCCAGACCCACGAACUUGUAGUUAUAGGACAUCCAGAUGAACGUAUGACUUUCAAUUUCCGAGAUGAGAAGGAAGCCCAGAAGUGGUCCACUAUCAUCACCAGUACUAUGAGGGAAGUGCAAAGAGUGGUGGACAGUUCUUCAGAGUCACCUGCUAUUCUGCCUCCACCACAACCACAGGAGCGGCGCCUUCACCUGGAGCCAUUGCAGUCCAAAUUGUCUUCACAGCUACCCCAGACAGAGGAUCUUUCAAUUCAGCUUGCCCGUGCAAUAGAGAUAGGUGAUGCAGCAACAGCCUCUGAAUGUGCUGCAGCCCUUGCCCACCAGAAGGCAACAGUGUGUGUACGUCUUAAAGAAAGCAGUUACAGUCAGCAGGAAAUAAGUAUGAAAGUUGGUGUAGAAGAUGCCACUUCUUCUUGUUGCGUCACUGUAAAAGUGUUCUCAUACAUGACCAUUGCAUCAUUAAAGCAGCAGGUCUUCCGGGACUAUGGGUUCCACCCAAAAGUGCAACGCUGGGUGAUUGGUCAAUGUUUGUGUGUGGAUGACCGUUCAUUGUCCUCCUAUGGAAUACGGCGUGAUGGUGACACAGCCUUCUUAUACCUGGUUUCAGCGCGACAAGCUCAACUGUCUCGUCAACGCUAUGAGGAAGAGCAAGAAAACGUCAUGCUGUCGGCUGGUCAGUCUCUCCUUACAGAUAAUGGACUGUCCCAUAUAAACAGGAGAGAUUAUAAUACUUUGCCAGCCAGGAUUUCACAAAAGAGAGCUUCUGCUCCAGGGCGAAUACCAUCGGCACUUCUGCAGUCAGCAAGUCCAGUUUUGGAUGAUACGGCAACAAAGAUGGGUAUCAGUGAUAUAAAGCAGUUGAUAAACUUAGAAAUGUUGCAGCUGAAUGAUGCAUUAAAUCGAACCCGAAGUUCUUCAGUGUCCUCCUCUUUACAGGCUGGCUGGGCCUGCCCCACGUGUACAUUUAUCAACAAACCCACACGUCCAGGUUGUGAAAUUUGUUGUCAUGAUCGACCCAUCAAUUAUGUGGUACCAGGAGGUUAUCAACCUGAUACAGAGGAGCUCUGGAGGAUUCAGCAAGAAAAGGAGGCCAUGCGUCAGUAUCAGCAGAUACAGGAAACUGAGCGCCUACACAAUUUUGAAAUGCUGCGGCAGGCGGACUCCCAGAAUCUUGUGGCCAACCGUGAAGCAGUGGAAUGCCGCAUCUGCUACCUGGAUUUGGCACCCGGGGAAGGGGUACUUCUGCGAGAGUGUCUGCAUUGUUUCUGCAGAGACUGCUUACGUUCAGUGAUUAAGCUGAGUGAAGACCCAGAGGUAUCCUGUCCAUAUCGAGAUGACACCUAUGCUUGUAACAGCAAGAUGCUGGAAAGGGAGAUUCGAGGGCUCCUGUCUGAAGAUGAGUACCAGUGCUUUCUGGACCGCAGCCUUGUCAAAGCAGAGUCUAGGACAGAAAACAGUUACCACUGUGCCACGCCGGACUGCCGGGGCUGGUGUGAAUAUGAGGACAACGUCAACGAGUUUACUUGCCCCAUCUGCAAGAAAUGCAAUUGUCUUACCUGCAAGGCAAUCCACGAGGGAAUGAACUGCAGACAGUACCAGGAUGAUCUCCGCAUCCGAGCACUUAAUGACUCUGCUGCUCAACAAACCAGUGAGAUGCUCAAUACCCUCCUCAGAACGGGUGAGGCCAUGCACUGUCCUAAAUGUCGAAUCAUAGUGCAGAAGAAAGAGGGCUGUGAUUGGAUACGUUGCACUAUGUGUCACACAGAGAUUUGUUGGGUAACCAAAGGUCCACGAUGGGGUCCACGGGGGCCCGGAGACACGAGUGGAGGAUGCCGAUGCAACAUUAACAAGCAGAGGUGCCAUCCCCAAUGCCAGAACUGUCACUAGCCCCAUCCUGGCUCUCCUUUUAACAGAAGACAAUUCAGUAUUACCAUUUGUGCUCAAAGGCCUACAGAAUUCAAGAAAUCCAAAGAAUUUCAAACCGUUGGCAUUUUCAUAUACUGUUACUGGCUGAUCGGAAUUGUUCACAAUUUUGUCUGCAAAGGGACACGAGUCCAGUGAGGAGCUCGAUGACAUACACGCCCUGCAAGAGUGCACGAAGGAGACAACAAACUGACACAACUGACGAUGAAGAUAAGUUCAGGUGUAGUGCUUGUAAGCGAAUUCCAGUAAUACGUUUGUCUAUGAUUGCUUUAAUUUCAGCACUUAUUUAUUUGCCUUAAAUUUUUUAAUCUCAGCACAAUUUCAGGCACUUUAUCCUCUGAGCUUUUGCUUGCUUUUUUCAUAAGAUUGUGCUGAAAGGACUGAAAGUUAGCAGAUUUUAGUAUGCAAACAGAUGGGGAAGCAUUAUUGUCUUCCUAACACUGAAAACAAUUCUGAUAAAUUCUGGCCUUAAUCGCCGAAAGGUAUUAUUGCAGCAUGUAGGGUUCCAACAUCUUAUGUCAUGUACAGUAAAUUUAAAAUUAGAAGUGCAGGCCUCAAAUGUGUUUUAUGGUUAAUGUGAAAUUCAACACUGUUUUACCGCCCGAGUUAAAGAAAACAAACCAAAAUUUUUGUAUGUUUCUUUGUUCAAUAAACUAUUUUUUAGAGGAGCAAGGAAAAGUCA